UUAGCAAGUAUACGUUUCUUCAUCAAAAUUUGCCAUCGAGGAACAACUGGAUUGGCUUCCGGCGAAUUUUCCGGCGAUAAUCAUUUGAUAUCGGGGCUCAGAUACUCGCGAUCGCAUCUUUCACAACAAGGUUUCAUUCCAAUGACUGGGAGAAAACGUAGUUACCGCGAUUCAUUCGAUAAUAGGCGUCCUUAUCCUCAAGAAGGACAUCAACGAGGUCCUCCUCCUCGUCAAAUGCCUCCUCCUCGUCAUCCAGCAAUGUUGGAGGAAGAGCUAGAAGUGCAGCAUCACGAAAUCCGUAGGCUAUUGAGCGACAACAGGAGGCUGGCUGAUGACAGAGUUGCUCUGCAGCAGGAGCUUGGAGGUGCAAAGGAAGAACUUCAUAGGAUGAAUCUGUUAAUUUCUGAUCUUCGUGCUGAUCAGGAUAUGCGUUCCAGGGACCUAAUUGAAAGAGGUUUCAAGAUGGAAUCUGAACUUCGAGCUACCGAACCACUCAAAUCUGAGGCUAUGCAAUUACGUUCUGAAGUACAGAAAUUGAACACUAUUCGGCAGGACCUGAAUGCUCAAGUUCAGAAUCUCUCGCAAGAUAUUGCCAAACUGAAAGCUGAUAAUCAACAUAUUCCGGUUUUGAAGUCGGAUAUUGAUGGACUGCGACAAGAGCUCAUGCGCGCAAGGGCUGCCAUUGACUAUGAAAAGGAUGUAAGUAUUGAGUUGACGGAACAACGGAAGGCGAUGGAGAAGAACCUACUGUCCAUGGCCCGUGAAGUUGAAAAGCUACGAGCAGAACUUGCAAAUGCAUCGGGUAUACCCUUUUCUUCUGAUGUGGCAUAUGGGGUGAAGUUCAAUAACCAUGAAGGUGGGUUUUCUGCUUCUUAUGGUGAUCCAUAUGGAGUUCAUAUGGGCGCUGCUGACAAGGGCUCCUCAUAUGGGCUGGGUUCUGCAUCCAGGACAGGACAUGAUAAAAGGAUGAGUCGUCAUUGAGUCUGGACAAUUGAAUCACAUCUGGAAGGCAUCCUGCUGCAGCUCUUGGCUAUCCUCCAUAAGUUGCUUAGAAUCUUUUAGAUAUAUGUAUGUUCGUAUUACUCUAUUUAUCUUUACUUGGAUAUUGUUUGCUAUGCGAUUGACGAACAUUAUGAGGCCCAGGUUUGUUCUCUUUCCCAUUAUCAUCUAGUUUAUGUUGUUCCUAAGUUGAGGACCAAAGUAUCUAUCUGUCUAUCUAUCUUCUUUUUUUUUUGGAUAAUUUGAAUAAUAUAUUGUGAGGAUUGGUCUUCGGUGACUUAA